AUGUUCCUAUUUACGUUUACCAUUCUUGAGAGUGAAAAACUUAUUAUAUGGCCCGUUCCGGCCGUGGUACUGGGUGUUAUGGCCCCAAAACGCGCAUAUUCCACGCCUUUUGGGCCUUGGCCGGGCCCCGCGGAGUGCCUGUGGAAUUGCCCUUCGGAGCUAAGGCAGUUCAGUUCGUGUUGUUUACCUCUGCCGAAACUGAGGCCGCCCAGGCCCACUUUCGCUUCUCUUUGGCGUGUUGUGGCGGCGAUCGCUGCAUUGUUUCAAGUGCCCUGGAGACGUAAAACAGGCGUGGGAAAAGCAAUCUUCUGCAUAGGUUGCUGCUGCCUAGCAUAUCAGUGGCGCAGAACGCGGUAUUUUGCAUACAAGAUUAUGACAGGAACAUGCUUCAUGACAGACUUGGCGCCCUAA